AUGCAUGAACAACAACAAGUAACGAGUGACGAUUUCAGUGGUACGGAAUCAUCAUUAUCAUCCGGACCUAAUCGGGUGCAGCAAGAUAUCCUGGAGACUUUGUCAGCAUCAGAUCGUAGUGAUGGUGAGCGUCUACGUCGACAUUUGCAAUUCUUUUUUAUGGAUCCGAUAACGAAGUGGAAAGUGCGCCAUCAAUUUCCCUUCAAAUUAGUCUUACAGAUUUUCAAAAUUAUUUUUAUUUCUAUACAACUAGUACUUUUUGCCGAAUUGCGUAUUUCGCAUGUUGAUUUUAUGGAUGAAACAAACACAGUAAUCCGGCACAAAUUUUUGAAAAAUUGGAAUGAUGAGCGUGAUACACUCAUUUAUCCACCUUCAUCUGGUCGGUAUUCUGUUUUCACGGGCACUGAUAUUAUUGAUCAGUUUGCGUUUAUGGUUGUUGCUUAUUAUUCGAUCAAAGAUGAUUCAUUCGCCAGUUUUUCAUAUGAUACGCUAAAAGAUCAGGACAACUAUUUUCCUGUUAAAGUAUAUGAUCCGAAAUUUACUAGCAGCAUUUCCUUUGAUGACAUACCACCAAUGCAGUUUUGCUUGCAAAAAAUUGCUAAUGUGACAGUUUUCAACGAUACUUAUGAAUUCGAUAUUUCAGAAAUUAACGAUUGUGUAUUAUUGAAAUUUAAUAAAAACGAAGUGAAGGAAGUCCGUCGAAAUGCAAGCUCAUUGAAAAAAUUCCUUGAAAAGCGGCAAAUCACAUUUAAACCUGAGGAUGCUCUGAUUAUAUCGAAAGGUGUAUUAAGCUUCAACUUACGAACCAUUCAUUUUAAUGCGAUUUCGACUGAUAAACGACCGGAGUGUUUUUUAAUUCAGGUGAAAUUUUAUUAG